CCCUGCCCCCUCUACCCUGUCCCUCCAGGUCCCCCCCUCCCCGCUUUCCCUAAAGUGAGUGAGUGAGACGGGCAGAUGGAGGAGGGACUGUAAUGGCGGCGGCCGGCAGCUCCCUGCUCUGACCCACGGCAGGGAUACAGCAACCAUCCCCUCCCCGCCCCACUCCCAGCUGGCCUCCGCCCCGCCGCCGGUGCGGGGCCAUCCUCCCCGGCCCUUCCCCCAGCUGUCGGCGUCUCGCCGUGCGCCCCGGCCGGGGCCCCACACACAAUGGACGAGCUCGCUGGAGGCAGUGGUGGCGGCCCGGGGAUGGCGGCCCCUCCACGGCAACAGCUGGGACCUGGGGGAAACAUGAGCCUUUCGCCAGGGGGGAAUGGAGCGGCGGGCGGCGGGGGUCCUCCUGCCGCCGAGGGAGCGGGUCCAGCGGCAGGCCCCGAGCUGUCCCGGCCGCAACAGUACACUAUCCCAGGGAUCCUGCACUACAUCCAGCACGAGUGGGCUCGGUUCGAGAUGGAGCGGGCGCACUGGGAGGUGGAGCGAGCCGAACUGCAGGCCCGAAUAGCAUUUUUGCAAGGAGAAAGAAAAGGUCAAGAAAACUUGAAGAAGGAUUUAGUAAGAAGAAUAAAGAUGUUAGAGUACGCAUUAAAACAAGAAAGGGCAAAAUAUCACAAAUUAAAAUAUGGCACCGAACUGAACCAAGGUGAUUUGAAAAUGCCAACCUUUGAAUCAGAAGAAACCAAAGACACAGAGGCUCCCACAGCGCCUCAGAAUAGCCAGUUAACGUGGAAGCAAGGCAGACAGCUGUUAAGACAAUAUCUUCAGGAAGUAGGUUACACAGAUACCAUAUUAGAUGUACGGUCUCAGCGGGUAAGGUCAUUACUUGGACUGUCCAAUUCAGAACCAAAUGGAUCAGUAGAAACAAAGAAUUUAGAACAGAUCCUGAAUGGAGGUGAAUCUCCUAAGCAAAAAGGACAAGAAAUCAAGAGGCCUUCUGGUGAUGUUCUUGAGACAUUCAAUUUCUUAGAAAAUGCUGAUGACAGUGAUGAAGAAGAGGAAAAUGACAUGAUUGAAGGCAUUACAGAAGGAAAAGACAAACAUCGGAUGAAUAAACACAAAAUAGGUAAUGAAGGUUUAGCUGCUGACCUGACUGACGAUCCUGAUACUGAGGAAGCACUGAAAGAAUUUGAUUUUUUAGUGACUGCUGAAGAUGGUGAAGGAGCUGGAGAAGCAAGGAGUUCAGGGGAUGGCACGGAAUGGGCUGAACCAAUAACGUUUCCAUCUGGAGGAGGCAAGUCAUUUAUUAUGGGUUCUGAUGAUGUUUUGUUAAGUGUACUGGGCCUUGGAGACCUUGCAGACUUGACGGUAACAAAUGAUGCAGACUAUAGUUAUGAUUUGCCUGCCAAUAAAGAUGCCUUUCGAAAGACAUGGAACCCCAAGUAUACACUACGUAGCCAUUUUGAUGGAGUUCGGGCAUUAGCUUUUCAUCCUGUAGAACCUGUGCUGGUUACUGCCUCUGAGGACCAUACUCUGAAACUUUGGAACUUGCAAAAAACAGUUCCUGCCAAAAAGAGUGCCUCUUUAGAUGUAGAGCCUAUCUACACAUUUAGGGCCCACAAUGGUCCUGUUCUAUCAUUAGCUAUUAGUUCUAAUGGAGAACAGUGUUUUAGUGGUGGUAUUGAUGCAACCAUCCAGUGGUGGAAUAUGCCUAGCCCUAAUGUGGAUCCAUAUGAUACAUAUGAGCCAAAUGUUCUUGCUGGCACUUUAAUUGCUCACACAGAUGCUGUCUGGGGUCUUGCUUAUAGUGGCAUAAAAAAUCAAUUACUGUCUUGUUCAGCAGAUGGCACUGUUAGGUUAUGGAAUCCACAAGAAAAAAUGCCAUGUAUUUGCACUUACAAUGGAGAGAAGGAGCAUGGAAUACCUACAUCGGUUGACUUUAUAGGCUGUGAUCCAGCUCAUAUGGUGACCUCUUUCAACACUGGUAGUACAGUAAUUUAUGAUUUAGAAACAUCACAGUCACUGGUGAUGCUUUCAUCACAGAUAGAUUCUGAUUUACAAUCCAAUAAUCACAUUAAUAGAGUAGUAAGUCAUCCCACACUUCCUGUUACAAUAACUGCUCAUGAAGAUAGACACAUCAAAUUUUUUGACAAUAAAACGGGUAAAAUGAUCCAUUCUAUGGUAGCUCAUUUGGAUGCUGUUACAAGUCUAGCAGUGGAUCCUAAUGGAAUCUAUUUGAUGUCUGGAAGCCAUGACUGUUCUAUUAGAUUGUGGAAUUUGGACAGCAAGACAUGUGUUCAGGAAAUAACGGCACACAGAAAGAAAUUAGAUGAAUCAAUAUAUGAUGUCGCUUUCCAUCCAUCAAAAGCAUAUAUUGCUAGCGCAGGGGCUGAUGCCCUUGCCAAAGUGUUUGUGUGAAUCAACAGAAUCUCGCAUCAUAACAGAUUUGCUUGGACAGAAAGAGGGUCUGCAUCACUGCCAUCAAAAAAGGUUACUGAUACGACACUACAUGCGAUCUGCCUGGUGAAGUCUGUUUAGGGCGGGCAUAAGUUGGUGGAAAUCACAUAUCUUGCUGUCAGGUUCAUUAAUUUAAUUGUAAUUACUGUAUUUUGUGGGACAAAAAAAAAAAAGGGACUCCAGUUUUUGUGGCCUGUACUGGAUACAAACUGAGCAUAUGUCUGUUUUUUAGGUAUCUUUAAGCCAAUGUGGAGUCUAACCUUACAAAAGGACUUUUAUUUUGGACUCUGUGUUCUGCCUUAGGGUUAGGAAUGUGGUGCUCUAGUUGGGGGGAAGUGAGCUCCAAGAGUAGUUUUUUUUCAUCUCCUAGUGAUCUUCUGUUUAUCAGUUGAAUGCCACAGAUUCCCUUUUAAACUUAUUUUGCUUUAAAAAAAAAAAAGAAAAUUUAACUUAAAAUAUUUUAGCAUUAGUUGCACAAAAUGUUUGGAUAAAAUUCUAGUUUUUAUAAGUCUUUUUAUAUAUUUAGCCUGUCACAACAGUGCUCAAGAUUGUAUUGGAGUUUUUCUGCAUUAUACAACCCUAAAACAGAGAUCUCACUGACCCGCUGCCGUGUAACCACACUCUUUCUUUUGCCUAAUACAGCUCAGCUUAGUCCUUCCAUAAGAUGCUAAAUCACCUUCUUCAUCACAUAAUUGUCUUCAUAAACCAAGGACUAUUAAGUGUAUUAAAAUGAAACAGUGGGGUUUAGUACUCCAAGUGAACUCUAAAAAAAAAUUUUAAAAACUAACUAAUCUUGGCAUCCUAUCACUAUGUGAUAUUUUGUACAUCUUACUGUAUUUACAAGUUUAUUUAUCAAGGAUUAUCCAUCUUGCUAAUAGCUUAUUAUUUAUUUCACUUUUUGUUGGUCUUUAUAUCCUUUUAUUAAUGUGCUAAAGGAACCUGUAUAUCUAUUUUGGAACUCUUUGAAUAGUCUAAAAUAGACUAAAAAUGGAGUAUUUUAUAGUUUAAGUUACAUACCAAGGUGAUUGUCCUCAGAUACAUAUCUUGGUUUACCAUGAUUCCAAACAAAACUAUCUUGUUUAAAAAUAUUUGGAGUAAUUUUUUAUUUGCAUUACAAAUAGGAUACAAAAUUGUUGAAUCAGGAUACAGAAAUUUGCUGUGUUUGGACUAGCUAUCCCUGUUUUAUUUUUUCAGAUGUGCUUAAUUUUAUGGUGUAACUAAAUAUUUUGUUUGUGUAAUGCAUGAUUAAGACAAUAAAAUAUUUUUUCUAGUCUUCCAAGAAACUUUUCUGAUCAGUUUGCGAGUUUUGAUGAGUUUUGUAACAAGGUUUUUGUUUUACAAACUAUGAAUCAGCAAAUUUUUAAGAUUGUACCACAUAGCAAAAAUACAGCUGUUGAAAAAUAAUGUAUAUAAAAUGCGUAUAAUAAAUAUUAAAUUGUGUACCUGUAUGUUACUGUUGGCUACAUUAUUUUGUGUUGAAUAAUAAAGUGCAAUACUUUAUUCUCCAUCGUUAAACUAGGAAAUGGAGAUGAUUUCCUCAGUGAGUCCUUUGUUUUUAGGCUGUUCUUUUAAACUUUGUACCAUUUGUUGAUAUUCUAAUAAGAUUACAACAAUUAACACUAUUAACAAUGCCUUGUUAAUAAUUAUUUCAUCCCACUUGCAGAUAAUCUUCUAUUGAUAAUUCAAAAAGACCAAAAGAAGAAGAAAAAACCCAGAGAUGAAGUUUUAAAUAAUUUCCUUAAUCAUCCUGUUACUUUAUUAAAUCUGAAUUUCAUUUAGUUGUGUUGUCACUCCUAUCUAACCAUACAUGUUUCCACAAGAAAGUUCAGCAGAAAAUAAACUGCAUUAUUCAUUAAAGGUUGUCCUUAAAAAUAAUAUUAAGUAUUAAUAUCUCAAAACAUUUUCCUUCAAGAAGAUAGUGUCAUCCUUUUUCUUUGAAGGAAAUUGCAAAUGGAACUAGAAGUUAACAUUAGAAAACUUAACGUGGCAAAAUUCUAUUUGAAUGCCUAGUGCAGGAAAAAACAUUGUGUGUACAUUGAAAAAUUUUGUCGUCUAGCAUAAAAACCCAAGUGGCAG